AUGUCAAAAGUGUUGGUGUUCAUCGAGGGCAAAAUUACAGAAACAGUUAUUAAACGCAAGCCGAUUAAAUAUUUGAUGAGCAGUAACAUCUUUAAUGACGAAUGGAGGUUUGAUUUCAGAGAAUUUCGCUUUGUGCAGGCUAUGAUGUUCGCAAUUGAAGAAAUAAACAGGAACCCUACACUGCUCCCGCACUUUACGCUGGGUUCCCAGAUUUAUGAUUCUUGUAGCAUGCUGUCCUUGUCUAUGAAAGCAUCCUUAAAGAUUUUGAAUGGGCGAAGGGAUGCAGUUUCAGAGGAUAACUGUCGGAAUGUGAAUGCUAUUGUUGCGGAUUCUGGAUCCUCACAGUCCGCCGCAGUUUCAAGGCUAUUAAGCCCUUUCAGAAUUCCCAUGGAAACUUUUGCAGUAUUUGAAAUGGUCAAUUUCACCGCUAAGAUUGCAGAAACUGUGCACUUCAAAGAAAUUGGGGAUCCUGUGGCAAGGUACGACAUUGUAAACUGGCAAAGUGCUGGGGUUGCGGCUGAUAUAGUUACGGUCGGAUAUUAUGAUGGAUCUGCGCCUCCAGGCGAAGAAUUCUCCGUUGUCGAAGAAGCAGUUGUUUGGAGUGAGGGGCGAAGGAAGGCAAUUUGCUAUGAAAGUUGUACUGCUGGAACAAGGAAAGCUGCCAGAAAAGGGCAACCUAUUUGCUGCUUUGAUUGUGUGGAGUGUGCUGAAGGUGAGAUCAGUAAUAUUACAGAUUCCUCCACAUGCGUAAAAUGUCCUUGGGAUUAUUGGCCAAAUGAACAGCAAAACCAAUGCAUACUGAAGAUAACAAAAUUUCUCUCCUUUGAGGAGAUCAUGGGAAUUGUUUUGCUGAAACUGGCAUUAACUGGAACCAGCUUCACAGUAUCUGUAAUCAUAAUUUUCUGCAUUCACAUCAACACUCCCUUUGUUAAAGUCAACAAUGCAGAAUUAAGCUUUCUGUUUCUUUUUGCUUUAGUGCUGUGCCUUCUCCACUCAAUAAUGUUCAUUGGAAAACCUUCAGACUGGUUUUGCAUGCUAUGCCACAUAGUAUUUGGGAUUACUUUUGUUCUCUGUGUUUCUUGUGUUUUGAGCAAAACCGUUGUUGUAAUGAUGGCCUUUAAUGCAACUCUUCCUAAUAGUAACAUGAUGAAGUGGUUUGGGCCAGUACAACAACGCCUGGCCAUUUUCACCCUUACAUUUGUACAAUGUCUAAUAUGCACGGCCUGGCUAAUUGCAUCACCACCCUAUUCAUUGAAAAAUGCUAAUUAUUUUAAAGAUAUUAUUAUCUUAGAAUGUGAUGUUGGGUCUGUGAAAGCCUUUUCCUUGGUUCUUGGUCAUAUUGGAUUUUUGUCCUGUGUUUGCUUUGUGGUUGCUUUUUUAACUCGCAGAUUGCCAAACAAUUUCAACGAGGCCAAAUGUAUUACUUUUAGCAUGUUUACAUUCUGUGCAGUUUGGAUAACAUUCAUUCCUUCUGAUGUGAGUUCUCCUGGCAAACACAUGGUGGCUGGAGAAGCGUUUGCCAUUCUGGUAUCCAGCUUUGGCCUACUUGUCUGCAUUUUUGUUCCUAAAUGUUACAUUAUCCUGUUAAAACUGGAAAAGAAUACAAAGAAAUAUUUGAUGCAAAAAGUCACUUGAAAUAAAAGAUACUCCUCAUUUUCCCUUGAUUUAACACCUUUGUAG